AUGACCGAGCCAGUGUCGUACCGGCUGUCGACCAUCGACCAGUCGGCGGUACGAAGUUACAUCCGUUGUUGCUACUGCUUCCCAUAUCGAAACGGCAAAACAGGAGCAGAUGAUGUCGUCUCAAGACUCACCGAUGCAAUGCAGCGCGCCGUCAAUCGCUACCCCAUCCUAGCAGGCUCAACAUCAACAAAUACCGAAGCCGUCGAGUUUGUGCUGCCAAGUCACGCACAACCUCUCCGCCGAGAGACUGUCAGCAUCGGCGCCCGCUUCGCCCCACUACUGCAGUCAAGGCGAGAGAGCACCGGCGGAAAUACGUUCGCUUUGCUUGACAUUCGUGAACAAGGACAACAGGAAGAUACAGACAAGGGGCAGAGCGGACAUCUUCAGGUUCUCGUGAAAGCGGAGGGUCAAGCAAUCCGUCCUAUCGUCAAACACUUAAGUAAAGCGCACUUUGCGGAGACAUACGAUGAGCUCGCCACAAGUGGAAUGCCAGCCAGCACCCUAGUAGGAACCAACUUCAGCUCUUUGCCGGACUUCCCAGAUCCGGCGGCGGGAGAGAGCCCAGUCUUCGCCGUUCAGGCAACCUUCAUCGAAGGGGGAGUGUUCGUCACGGUCUUCUUGCAUCAUGCAGUGUCUGACGAACGUGGCAUGUCAGCCAUCAUCCGCCUGAUGUCUAGUGGCCAUGAAUUUGCUUCGACUGAUGUCAGAUCUGAUGCUGUUGAUCAGUCCAGAAGCCGAGACCGCCUCUCCGGUUCUCGUGGAGUCAAGGCCAAACGCUUUGAGGAGACCAAGUACGGAAGAGCACAGAAGCCAUCGAGCAAUCCAAGUGCACCAAGAUCCGCCAGCUGCCAAAUAUUGGCACUUGAUUUGCGGAAGAUUCGUCAAACGACAAGUCUGAUCAACGAGCGGGCCGUAUUGUCGUUUGACGAGCCCUGCAAGACUAUUGGACCACUCGAAUGCCUGGUGGCUAUUCUUUGGAAGGCCAUCACCAGGGGCCGAAGCCCAAGAGUGAGAGUGGAAGAGAAGCAGACGUCAACAUGCCGUUUCCCGGUCGACAUGCGCAUGCGUCUCGACCCGGUUCUUGGACCUGACUACUUUGGCAAUGCUUGCGUCCCUGCGAAAGCCACCGAACGCUUCAUCCGCCUCAGCCUGCCGUUCGACGUUGGAACGUUGAGCCACACGGCUCACCUGGUUCAUGACAGCAUUUCGACGACUGACGAGACGGAGUUGCGUGCCACCAUCGCCGCAGUCAACAAUGCUUCGGAUGUCCGUGGCGCUCUCGACAUCGGUGCAAACCUCAACACUGACUUCGUUAUCACCAAUUGGUCUGAAAUGCCAAUGGGAACUGCGGCGACUUUGGGCCUGGGGCUUGGCGCACCUCAGUUCGUGCGUGAGGCAAGCAGAGAGUGCAUGAAUGCGGGCUGCAUCUUGUUGCCUCCACGUGAGGACGAGGAAAUGUGGGAGGUCGCGAUGCAGGCAGAUGAGGAGACCAUGGCCCAUUUGGUCGAGGACGAAGGCCUACUGCCAUUCGUGCUGCAUGUGGCAUGA